AGCUGUUCCGAAAGGUUCGCAGUAUUUUGAACAAAUUGACCCCUCAGAUGUUCCAGCAGUUGAUGAAACAAGUGGCAGAUUUGACGAUUGACAAUGAAGAGCGGUUAAAGGGAGUAAUUGAUCUGGUCUUUGAAAAAGCUAUUUCUGAACCAAACUUCUCUGUUGCCUAUGCCAACAUGUGCCGCUGUCUUACAACACUCAAAGUUCCAAUACCAGAUAAACCUGGAGCAACAGUAAAUUUUCGGAAGUUGCUGUUAAACAGAUGUCAAAAGGAGUUUGAAAAAGACAAAGAUGAUGAUGCAGUAAUAGACAAAAAACAGAGAGAAAUUGAUGCUGCUGUUACGUCUGAGGAGAAAACCCGCCUCCAAGAAGAGCUAAAGGAAGCAAGAGAUAAAGCUAGGCGUCGAUCACUAGGCAAUAUCAAAUUCAUUGGUGAACUUUUCAAACUGAAAAUGUUAACAGAACCAAUUAUGCAUGAUUGUAUAGUGAAGCUGCUGAAGAACCAUGAUGAAGAAUCACUUGAAUGCCUAUGUAGGUUAUUAACAACAAUAGGCAAAGACUUGGAUUUUGAAAAAGCCAAACCUAGAAUGGAUCAAUAUUUUAAUCAGAUGGAAAAAAUUAUUAAAGAAAGGAAAACUUCAUCUCGGAUUCGCUUUAUGGUGCAGGAUGUGAUCGAUCUUCGACAAAAUAACUGGGUGCCGCGAAGAGGUGAUCAGGGACCCAAGACAUUGGAACAGAUUCACAGGGAUGCUCAGAUAGAAGAACAUCAACAGCAGUUAAGAGUACAACAGCAGCUCCUAUCCAAACAGGAUAAAAGGAGAGGUGCUCCUGGCACCAGUUGUGCUGGUGGCCGAGGAAGUCAAGGCAUUGAUGAAGCUGGAUGGAAUACUGUGCCAAUCGCAAAAAAUAGUAGACCAAUCGAUACUAAUCGGCUAAGCAAGAUUACUAAGCCAGGGGCCAUGGAUUACAGUAAUCAAGUGUUGGCACCAGCAGGUCGACUUGGCGGCUGGGUUAAAGGAAGCAGUGGUGGAUCUGGAAGCAAACCUAAUGACACAGGUGUGGAUUCAGGAAGGCCAGCCACAUUGAACAGAUUUUCAGCUCUCCAACAGUCAUCGUCUACAGACAAUUUUGAUGCACGGAGAGUUGUCCCCAGGAGUAGUUCAAGUCGUGAUAGAAGUGAAAAGGGGGAGCGUGAGAGGGGAGACAGAUUUGAAAGGAGUGAACGUCAUGACAGAAAUGAGAAAAUUGAUCAUGGUGAAAAGUGUGACAAAAGUGACCGUGCUGAGAAACUUGAGAGAAGUGAUCGUAACAGACCUCAACUUACUAAGAGAAGCUAUAGCAAAGAAGUAGAUGACCGAAGCAGGGAGCGAGAACGACGAAGCUCUCAAGAGCCAGUCAGACGUGUGGCCAGCAUGACAGAAGAAAGAGAUCGAGGACAUGUGCGAGAUCAGAGCAGAGAAUCUGUUAAGCUUGAACCGGUCUCUGUAUCUGUGACACCUGAUAAGCCUGCCCUGUCUGAAGAAGAGUUUGAGAAGAAAUCCAAGGCAAUCAUUGAAGAAUAUUUGCAUAUCAAUGAUAUAAAGGAAGCAUCGCAGUGCGUGCAGGAGCUUGAAUCACCUAAGACUUUGCACAUCUUUGUUCGAAGUGGCAUCGAGUCAACUUUGGAGAGAAGUGCACUAGCAAGAGAACACAUGGGAAUUCUGUUAUAUCACCUUGUAAAAGCUGGUACUCUAUCAAAGGAACAGUACUGCAAAGGACUACAUGAAAUCCUUGAAAUAGCUGAAGAUAUGGAAAUUGAUAUUCCACAUAUAUGGCAAUAUCUUGCUGAACUAAUUGUUCACAUGCUACAUGAUGGAGGCAUACCAAUGGGAGAUCUUUUCAGAGAAGUGGCCAAACCACUGAUCACCAUUGGAAAGGCCGGCCUUCUGCUUGCUGAUUUACUAUCUUUACUUUGCAAAGGAAUGAGCCGUAAGAAGGCAGGCUCUUUGUGGAGAGAGGGUGAUCUAAGCUGGAAGGAAUUCCUUCCUGAGGAAAAAGACAUCAACCAAUUUGUCACAGACAAGAAAGUGGAGUUUACUCUGGGAAAUGAAUCUAGUCAUGAGGAAUCAUCAAGCAAAACUGAAGUAUCUUUCAAUGACCUGUGUGAACAAUUUGAUAAGUUGAUCAAGGAGAAAGCUGACAACCAAAGAAUAUUUGACUGGAUUGAAGCCAACAUUGACGAAAAGCAAAUUGUUUCUUCAGUGUUCAUUAGAGCAUUAAUGAAAUCUGUUUGCCACUCUGCUGUUGUGUUUGAAAACCCAAUUCGUGUGGAUACAGAAGUCAUCCAAAACAGAGUAAAGGUCCUAACUAAAUACCUGGAUUCUGAUCCCCAGCGUGAACUGCAAGCACUCUAUGCCCUUCAGGCCUUAAUGGCCAAAUUAGAGCAGCCACCAAACUUAUUAAGGACAUUUUUCGAUGUUUUGUAUGAUGAGGAUGUUAUAUCUGAAGAAGCCUUUUACAAAUGGGAGUCAAGUAAAGACCCAGCUGAGCAACAAGGAAAAGGAGUAGCUUUGAAAUCUGUGACAGCUUUCUUCACUUGGUUAAGAGAAGCUGAAGAAGAAUCAGAAGGCAAUUAGAAAUCAUGAUUGACCGAAGUCAAUCACAUAGUGAACGCAUCAGGCAGAUGAGAACUGUCCUUUGAGUUUUUGCACAAUCAAGUGCUUGGUUCUGAGAACGUCUAUUCAAUAAACCCUUGGUACUUCAAGGUUUUAUCUAUUUUUUAACAUCAGUUCAUGUCUAACAAAUAUAACUAUUUAGAAAAAAAAAUUAGGGCUGUUGAGAUGGUCCUUAAAAUUAGGUGGUUGUCAUGGGCAUAGGAAAGUGGUGGGGAUUUUUGAUUUUUAAUAAAGAAUGGUGGCUACCUUGUUGGUGUUAAAUUACCAACGAUGCAAACAAAUUUAGGGAUUCCAGGAUAUAUCAACUUGGCUUCCCUAAGCUAGAUUUAUUUUGAGGGGAGGGGCACUCAGCCCCUAACCCCUCUGUUCUUAUGCCUAUGAGUUGUAUAAAAAGCCUUGAACAAGCCUGUAGUGGAUUUUAAAAAUCAGUAAGAGUUUAACAGUUUAAUUAGACAACAUAAAACAGUACAGUUCCUAGGUGAUUCUACUUAAUGUAGAACAGUUUUAGGACAGUUCUGUAAAUAAAUGUUCCGCAAUAUUGCUAAUGUAAUGCCAUGUUAUUUCUGCUGUCUUUGAUAAAGUGCAGCAGUGUCUCCUGUAUUUAUAGAAUUCCUGAGUUCAUAAGGUGCUUGUAAUUAUCAACAAGAAUGAAUCCUUCAUUGAUUACAGUUUAAAAUGAAUGUGUAAAUACUUUUUGCUUUAUUAAGUAUUUAAUUAAAAAUUAAUGCCUCUUUUCACAUCCAAAACUGGAAAAUAAAGAACAUAUUGCAAUGUAAAAA